UCUAAUCAAGUAGAACAAAAUCGCAUAGUCAUUUCAACCCCAUAAUGAGUUAUCUUAUCCACCUAAAAAAUAAACCAUCGUGAAAGGGAGACGAGUGAUACAUAUUCUGCCAGACACGCAAGACGCAAUCAAAAAUAUGUCUCAGUUGGACGAAGAGAAAUCCAAUGGGCUCCAGCUAAACGUCAAGUUCAAUGUGAUUCCCAAGACAAGGUCAAAGGAAUUCACUGAUCUUUUUAAUGGGUACACUACGGGACUGGUUCGAAGUGAACCGGGAAAUUUCGUCAUGACCCCGUUGUACGGAAAACACGCAGAAAGACUUUACCGGAUGGAGCCGAGAGCUGACGACAUCUGGCUACUUACGUUCCCCAAAUGCGGUACAACUUGGACUUCUGAACUGUUGUGGCUACUGAUGAACAACUGCGACACGGAGAAAGCCAAAGAAACUCCUCUAUUUGUUCGUGCUCCUUUUACAGAGAAACCAUUUCUCUCUUCGGAUGCCGAGUUGUCACCACAAAAUAGUGAAUUGCUUGACUCUUUUAAUACGAGGCCUUCCCCGCGGAUCUUCAAAAGUCAUUUGCCUUUUUAUUUGCUUCAUCCCAAGUUACUUGAUACUUCUAAAGUGGUUUACGUCGCCCGAAACCCCAAAGAUGCCAUCGUCUCGUUUUAUCACCAUCAUAAAUUGAUGAAACUUUACGACUACCAAGGAAACUUGGAAGAAUUCGCCCAGUAUUUCAUGGAUGACGAAAUUUUGUUUUCGCCAUUCUUCCCUAAUGUUCUUGACGCCUGGUCCAAGCGCCAUCACCCGAAUUUACACUUCGUGUUCUUCGAAGAUAUGAAAAAGGACUUACGAGGCGAGAUUGUCAAAGUAGCCGCUUUUCUCAAUCAGUCGCCGACUGAUGAGCAACUGGACAACAUAACGGAACAUUUGAGAUUUGACAAUUUUCAAAAGAACGAAUCAGUCAACAACGAAUUAGGCAAAAAACUUGGCUGGAUGAAACCAGAUGGCAAGUUUAUUCGUAAAGGUAAAACGGGUGACUGGAAAAAUCACUUCAGUCCGGAAUUGAACAGCCGAAUCGACGAGUGGAUUGAAAAGAAUUUGGCCGGCUCCGACUUGAAAUUCGUGACUGAACUGGAGCACCAAGAUUAAACAAUUUCAUGGAGCAGCUAAAGUUUUCGUUUAAUUACAAUUGUUAAACAAUUAGAGAGAAACAAUUGAGCAAAAUACUACCCAUGUCUUUUCGAUAAUAUUUGAAAGUUACGGCAAUAAAUUGUUAUGAGCAUUUGUAAAA